AGAGAGAGAAGAGGAGGAGGAGGAGGAGGAGAAACGGCUGCAGGAAAAAAAGCGAUAAGGUCCAACCAACCGGCACUGCGCAGCUGCACCCGUGUCCUGCAUAUUUUUUUUUUCCUCUUCGGUUUUUGUUUUCAUUCGUUGUUUUUUUUUAGACGACGUUGCUUCCUUUGCUUAGUUAACGUGUGUUAUUAAUGCUAUUAUUUGGAACAUGGUAAACAUUUCAUUCCUUCUAUUCCUUUAAGCAACUUUUUUUUCUUUCCUUCUGCAAGACCUGUUUCUCCAGCUAUCUGACAGUUUAGGCUCUUGGGGCUCUGGAUGGACAUACACCGCAAAAUUGAGCUUUUUAAAGUUUGAGCCGACAAAUAUUUUGCCACCUCUGAGUAAGUGAAGGCGUUUUAUCCAUUGGACUGCCACCAAGCGCAAUAAAAUGACAGACUUUUCUUUUUUCUGAGCUCUGUGCUCUCAAGAAGACUAAAGUAUAGUGUACCGGUCCAGCUCUCCAUAGUGAACUGGAUGAUGGCAGGGCCUCCCUCUCAGCGCCUGUUGCCCCCUUCUGGACCCAAAACACAUUUCAGGAGCUUAGACCAUGCAGGAGGAGACUCGCUGAACACUGGACCAGUCAACACCGGCCCUGACCUCAAAUCGCCACCCCAGACUCCACUCAAAGGUGAUCAGCGCUUUAAAGACUGCUGUGAAAUGAAGGAUAAGGACCGGUUGGACAUGGAUGAGGAUUCUCUGGGACGUUGCUCCAUCCGGGACAGGAGCAGCAACGGGCAGGGUGCAGAUGGCAGUGGUUUAGGGACAGGGACAGGCACCUUUCAGAGCCUGUGGGAGCGGACAGUGGCAUCUGAUCCCGGUUUGUUCCAGCUGCACUACAUGGACCUGGGCGAGUUCCUGACGGAGAACGGCAUGGCUAUGCACGGAGCUCAGAUCCCAUCUCAGAGCUCACAGUGCCCCUCCACAUCCCCUUCUCCCUGCUCCUCCUCAUCCUCAUCCUCAGCUUCUGCUGCCUCACCACCUACGUUGCUUGGCUUGGACAUGCAGGUGCAGCAGAGCAUGCUGGGAGCUGCCGGCUGCUUGCACAGUCCUCCUCAGGGCAGCCUCGAGCCUACUCCAUCACCCUCCUGCCCACCACUCACUGCCCCACCCAUGACCAAUGCCAAUGACAUACUGACGACUUUUGAUCCUGACCCCGCUGAUGUGGCCCUGUCCAGUAUCCCAGGCCAGGAGGCAUUUGACCCCCGCACACACUGCUUUAGUGAAGACGAUCUCAAACCACAGCCUGUUAUAAAAAAGGCCCGGAAGAUGCUCGUCCCUGACAGCUUAAAGGACGAUAAAUACUGGAGUCGGCGCUUGAAGAACAACGAGGCAGCUAAACGUUCACGCGACGCACGGCGAGUGAAAGAGAACCAGAUCUCGGUGCGCGCCGCCUUUCUGGAGCGAGAGAACGCCACACUCCGACAGGAAGUGGCCAAUAUGCGCAAGGAGCUCGGCCGCUGCCGCAACAUCCUCAACAAAUACGAGAACCGCUACUUGGAGCAGUUAUGAACAGGAAAGGAAAGAAAGACGUAAAGUUCUACGGAUCACUGAAUGUGCUGAGCGACAAUGGACGUGAGCCUGAAACUCACACAGAGGCACAAAAGGAACAGAGAAACGCAUGGACAGAAAGAGUAAUGCAGGGAAAAGGACAAAAAAGCCUGUUUAUACUUUGAUGAGAAGUUAAACAUAGGAUAAAAUGUUUUUCCAUACAGGAGAGAAAUGUAUAUUUUUAUAAAUAGAGGCAUUCAAUAUGGGAAGAGGAAUUUUUUUGAGAAUAUAUGAUAUAUUAUUGUAUGUCAUAUAUAUAUAUAUAUAUAUAUAUAUAUAUAUAUAUAUAUAUAUAUAUAUAUAUAUAUGAAAGACUAUUUCAGGACAGUGUGAGAUUGAGAGAGAAUGUAGAAAUAUUGCUGGUAUUUUGAAGCAUCUUUAGCAGGUAUUUUAAAAAGCACUUAUAGACAGAACCAUAACAGAUGAGGGGGAUAGUAAAUAUUGGAGAAAAAGUAUUUCAUCAAAUUGGUGGAAUAAUAAUUUCAGACUGUGAACGCUAAAGUGAGUUUUUAAAUUUGGUAAAAAGUGUAAUCUGGGUUUAUUCAAGCACUUAAUUAAUUGUGUACUUUUUAUGCAUUUGUAAUGAAAGAGUUCAAGCAGAUCUGUACGUUUUUUUUUUGUUUUUUUUGGAAGACUCUGCAUUUCCUGAGUUUUUUCUUCUUCUUAUUUUUAAACUUUUGACCUUGGCUGAUAUUUGGGACCGCGGAUUCUUAAAGAGGGCGACAGGCAUCGUGAGAGAAAGUGGGAUGGAUUGUGAUGCUUAAUAUUGACUCUACUUUUUUUAUUUCUGCUUUUUUUCACUCUCUAUUCAUUGAUUUGAAUUCUAAAUGUAUUGUGAAAUGAAUCUUCACACAUGUACUCACUUUCCUUUUUUUUCCCUAUUACUGAAAUAGACAUCUCCUCCUAUCUUUCCUCCCACACAGUUUAACACUGCGACGUCUGCGAUCACCAGAACUGUUGGUGCCACAGUGUUUAAGUCCCUUGCAUACUUGAACCCUCUAUAGAAAUUAUCCUUGCUGUGCAAAGCAUACGCUUGUAUAAUACUGAUACAAAUGACAAAGAAUUAUCCUUACCAGAUUGUGUAGAACAUACCGUCUGUAUUGUAUACAGAUAUUUAGUAUAUUUUCCAGACAGAUUUGCAUUUUUGGACUGAUUUCGCUUUUGUAGGUGGCUUGCAUUAGUGUGUGCAAAGCUGUUCCAGGAAUCAUUACUUUCGCCAUCUCUCAGAGACUGACCAGGAACAGUUACACAUCAUGCCCUUGAGUUCAAUUAAUCUCCAUGAGUUCCAGUUUUUGCGAAUCUGAGUUAUAAUUGCAUUGACAUCAUGGCGUGACGCACUUCCCUUUUAUAGCCUUGACUAUUUACUUCUCCUUUUCUGCUUCGAUAUCUGUUUCUUUCUCUAGAUCACUUAUAAAGUUCUUUGAAUUCUUAAUGUACUUAAUAUUACGUUUACUUGUAAUAUGAUUAACCUUUGUUUUUUUCGUUUAGCUUCGCUCUGUGUUUCUGUUCCUGUAAACUCCUCUCCUUAAUUGUGCAUGUUUUAGGCCACUUCCUCUUUGACAGCUCUCACCGGAUUUGUUUAUCUGAAGAGUGCAUUAUGGAGCCUCUGAGACACUCGUCUAGUCGCCGGUGGUCACCACAAUCUGUCGAGGAAACGAACUGCACUUUUAUUUUCUCUUUAGACAUUCCACACAGUCUUUAUCGGUGAUGUAGGUGUUUGAGGUUUUUUUUUUUUUUUUUUUUU